AAAUUGAAAUAAAAAACAAUAAAAUUUUUAUUUAGUUGGUUAUUUUUAAAGAUUGAAAACAAACAUAUUAAAUUCAUUAAUUCGUUUAUGAGUAGUUAUAUAAAUCGCGGCCCUAAGGAUAAUUUUAAUAAACAAGAUUAUAGAAAAGAAAUAGAAGAUGAGCUGAAAUAUAAGAGUAGUCUUUCAUAGUAUUAGAAAGAUAUUUAUGAAAAAGAACAGUACAUCAAAGAACUUGAAGGUCACUGCAAAGAUUUAAAAACAUUACUUAGUGAAUAUAAAAAGAUGGGAGAUGAUAAAGAAUACUAAAAAAAGCAGAGAGAAAUUGAAAUUGAAAAUUUGAAUAUGAGAGUUUUGUAACUAGAAAACAAGCUUAAAUUGUAUGAAGAUAACGAGCUGGCCAAACAAAGAAUUAUUGAUUCAGAAGUUGAAAAAGAAAAAUUAAAGAACUAGGAGAUCGUUGAUAGGUUUAAUUAAAAAUUUACUUUCUUUGAAGAAUAAAUAUAGAUCUUGGAGGGCUAACUCCUUGAAAAGAACAGAUACAUUUUGGAACUUGAGACUCAGAAUAAAGACUUAAAUUUCUUUAAUUAACUUGUAGAAGAAAAACAAACACUGAUUGAAUCACUCAGAAGAGAAAACCAAGUCUUAAUUAGAAGGAUUCGUGAACAGUUCAGAGAUGAAGCUUUUGGAAAAGAAAAGUUUGAUUUUGAAGAAGAGAGGAAAUUUAUUUAAGAAAUCAUCAAAAAGAAAGAGUAACAAGGACUCUUUGUAGAUGGCUUUGUUUCCAAUCACAGAAAAGACAGUCAAAUCUCUGAAAGUGUAAGGUAAUAGCAAAAUGUUGAGUAAAAUAAAAGAUACAGAAAUGAACAAAUAUAGCAACUCUCUAAUUACAAUAACGUAACAGAAGAACAGAAACUUGCUAGUGAAAAUCGUGCUGAUUCAAUAAUUGACAGAUAUGAAGCAAAUUAGACAUAAAAAAAACUUUCAUAGCAAUAUCCUUAACCUUCAGAAGCCGAAAAAGAGGAGAUUAGAAAACACUAGGAAAGACUAGAGAAGUUAAAAUUAAAAUAUAGAUAAAGUUAAUGA